AUGGUUAACUUUCCUUCUCUCGUGUCUUUCAUUCUUCUCGCUGCGUCCGCCGCUGUUGCGCACCCUGUUGCUGCUCCUUUGAGCAAGGGGGAAGUCACUCCUCGUGCUGAAUUCCAGCGGGCUGCUCGUCGUUCGUUAGGCAACUGUCAGGAUACCCUCCACCGUCGCGGACACCUCGAGCGGUCCGCCGCUCGCCGUAGGGCAUUGGCAGAUGAUCUCCGUCGCAAGCGUGGCCUUCCUACCGACAAUCUUUACAAGCGCCUCUCUUUGGACGAUGUUUUGAAUACCAGCCAUCUGUCCAACGAGACUGAUCUGACCGUCGACACCAACCCCUUCGAAGGAAACGCAUCAUGUGUCCUCAAUCCCGAGACCACGGAAGGCCCGUACUAUGUUGAUGGUGAAUACGUUCGCUCGGAUAUUACUGAGGACCAAGAGGGUGUCUACACCUACGUCGAUGUUGAGCUAAUCGAUGUCUCCACUUGUGAACCCGUUUCCAACGUGUACAUUGACUUUUGGCACUGCAACGCAACUGGUGUCUAUGCUGGUGUGGUAGCUAGUGGAAACGGCGAUUCAUCCGACGAGAGCAACUUGAACAAGACUUUCCUCCGCGGUAUCCAACCGACCAACGACGAGGGAUAUGCCCAGUUCGAGACUAUCUUCCCUGGUCACUAUACUUCCCGUGCUACUCACAUCCAUGUCGUUGCGCAUAGUGACGGAACGGUCCUUACCAACGGUACCUUCAAGACCGACACUGUCCGUCAUGUCGGCCAGCUCUUCUUCGACCAGGAUCUGAUCACCAUCGUUGAAGCGACGUCCCCAUACUUGUCUAACACUCAGGUUUUGACCACCAAUGAUGAUGAUACAAUUUUGACCGAAACUGUUGAGGAUGAGACCAACGGUGUUGAUCCUGUUCUUGAAUACGUCUACCUUGGUGACGAUGUCUCCGACGGCCUCCUCGCGUGGGGUUCUGUUGGCAUCGACCUAACGGCCAGCUAUAGCAUUUCGGCAGCGGCUACUCUGACAGAGGAUGGAGGCGUAGAAAAUGAAAGUUCAUUAGGUGGUGGUGAUAUGGGUGCCCUGCCAAGUGGAUCGGAUUUCCUGUCCGGAGCUAUUCCUUCCAGCACUGGAGAACUCCCUGGAUCUUCCGUCGUACCCUCAUCUACCGAAUCAUCAUCUUCUGUGUCCUUAUUCUCUUCUUCAUCUUCCUUCGCUCCCGCUAUCCCGUCAUCGUCCUCAUUGGCCCCCGUUUCUCCCUCGCCCUCGUCAUCUUUAUUGGCCUCCGUUUCGCCGUUCUCUUCUUCUCUUCCGGUAGCAGUGACAUCCUCUACAGCUCAGAGUGGCGCAACGCCUACUCAAGCCAAUGGUGGCUCAGGUCCCGCUGGCUCUCCCAGUCAAGGUGGAAAUUCUGGAAGCAACCAAGGCAGUCAAGGCGGUCAGAGUGGUACCAGCCAAAAUGGUCAGAAUGGUCAGAGCGGUACCAGCCAACAUGGUCAGAGCGGCAGCCACCAGUCAAAUGGGCAGGCCAGCAGCAAUCACAACGGAGCUCAAGGUGGAAACUCGGGAAGUUCUGGUCACAGUGGCUUCGGUUUUUAG